UCCACUUAAUUACUGACUACAGAUGGUUAAACAUUUAUUUUGAACCUGAGCUUAUAUACGAAAUUCAACCAGAGUUUCACACAUCAUCUGCAGUGUGAAAAUGGUGGAUUUUGGAGAGAUUCUGAGGACCAUCGGAGAGUUUGGCUUCUUCCAGAAGCUCAUCGUUCUUGCGUUAGCCUUCCCAAAUUUCUUAUUGCCCAUCUGUUUUUGCAGUUUUCUUUUUAUCCAGUCGGAUCCAGAGCGACACUGUAACACAGACUGGAUCCUUCAGGCUGACUCCAACCUGACCACAGAUGAGCAGCUGAACCUGACUCUGCCCCGGGAGGAGGAUGGGACCUUCAGCAGGUGUCAGAUGUUUGUCCCUGUGGACUGGGACAUCGGGGCCAUCAGGGAGUACGGACUUAAUGAGACCACAGGGUGCAUGAAAGGAUGGGUGUACCAUGACACGCUCUAUGAGGCCACCAUAGUCACUGAUCUUGACCUCGUCUGUGACAAGUCUAACAUGGCUGAAGUUGCACAGACAAUCUUCAUGGCCGGUUUACCUGCUGGUUCAUUCAUCUUUGGCCCCACAGCUGAAUCGUACGGCCGCAGGAGAACCACCCAGUUGCCAGUUGUUCUCUUGCUAAUAUUCGUCAUAGUUGCUGGCGUGUCUCCGAACAUCUACGUUUACAUAGUGUCACAGUUCAUAGUUGGAGCUGCACUCGGAGGAUAUAGAAUGAACUCCACUGUAUUAGCUACGGAGUGGAUUGGAGUCACCAAAAGAUCCUUUGCCUCCUGCAUGAGCCAGAUGUUUUCAGCUGUUGGACAGUGUGGCAUGGCUGGUCUGGUCUAUGCUAUCCGUGACUGGAGAAUGGUGCAGUACGUCAUAGCAGGAGGGCAGGCCUUUAUAUUCGUGUACAUAUGGUGGAUUCCGGAAUCUGCAAGGUGGUUACUUGGACAGGGAAGAACCGAAGAAGCAAAUAAGUUGAUCCGUAGAGCUGCAGCGAUCAAUAAAAAGAAAAUCCCAGAAAAUCUGCUGGACGAGGUAACUGGGGAACGAGAAUUCCAAAGUGGAGGAAUCAAAGCAAUUUUUACCUCAACAGUCCUGGUGAAAUAUUUAUUCAUUGUAUCCUUUGCUUGGUAAGUUUUAAGCACAUUUUGGAAUCUAGUCAUACAUUUAAUUCAAUACAUUUUUGUGUCAUUUUUGUGUUCUUGUGAUUUGAAGGUUUUCAUUAAAUCUAGGCUACUUCUGCCUCAUUCUGAAUGUGGGUAAGCUUGGUCUGAACAUCUUCCUGGUUCAGUUUCUGUUUGGGAUCACUGAGGUGCCAGCACAUUUCCUGUGUGUCUGGGUUCUGGAGUUGAUAGGGAGGAAAAAAUCCCUGAUAUCAACCCUCCUGACUGGCAGUUUCUUUUGCCUCCUAACCCUUGCUUGCCCUCGAGGUCAAUUUCCUGUCCUUCACAUUCGGUCCAUGAGGAUACAUCCAUCUGACUGUCAGUGGUUUAAUACACUCAACUUGCAUUUUAAUUCCAGACAGUGCUAUUGUCAUCACAGCCCUUAUAACCGCUGGAAAGUUCUUUUUGAACUGGGGCGGAUCCGUAUGCAUGGUCUAUAUUCAGGAGUUGUUUCCCACUUCUGUCAGGCAAACAGCCGUUGGCUUUGGCUCCAUAGCCUAUAGAUCAGCAGGCUUGCUGUCUCCGUUGCUCAACAUAUUGGCUGUGUACCACUGGUCCAUACCCAUCGUAGUCUUCAGCAGCCUGACGCUGAUCAGUGGAGCUCUUGUCUUCCUGCUUCCCGAGACGAGGAGAAAAGAGCUUCCUGAUUCAACUAUUGAGGCCGAGGGCCACAAGAACAUGACCAACGAGAACACAGGAAGUGACUCCAACAUGGUCGAACACAACAGCAAAAAAUCCACCAAACUCUAGUUGGAAUACCGUAUUUUUACAGAUGUUGUUGUUAUAGCAUGAGCUAGCUAUAUAAUGUUGAGUCGAAUAUUUUUAUUUGGACCCGACUUUGCUGUCAGUGUUGCUGAGUCACCCAGUGUGUUUGCUCAUGUACAGCGUCUGACUCAAUCAUGUGUCUUUAUUGCUGUCAUUUCUGUCUGUUGCUGUUUUACUGUUCUAGAAGUGGCCAGCUAAACGGCUGUUGUUAAGAAAAAUAGCUUAGCAAGAAGGAAUGAGGAACCCAGAUCAUGCACAGCAGCAAAAACAAAAACAAAAAUCACUAAGUUACAAAUUUACAUGUGAGCUAACAUGCAGUUGAGUUUCACAUUCAGCAGACAUGUGACCGACUACACCAGAAUGCAAUAUAUUGUUUUUCCAGUAGAAUAACUGUGUGUAAAGCUACAGCUACAUCAUAUCUCACCUGAGAUCAAAUCCCUCAGAGCAGUUUUUCUUUCUUUCUUUUUUUUUUUUACACAUGACCCCUUAGUACAAAGCAAAAUCGACUUUUGACCCUUUUACACAGGGUGUGUGAAUGUGAGAAGUUCAACUGAAAUGUAAUUUUCUCCUCAGACGGUUUCAUCUGAAUGUUUUGAAAGGCCUAGAGAUAACUGUAUUGUAUUUAACAUAGAGAGAUAAUAAAUAAAAUAGAAA